AUGAGGGUCCUUCCGGCGAUGCUCCUGGCGCUCCUGGGGCUCGCCUCGCCGUUCGGAAUCAACGCCCAGACGUACCCCAACGCGGCGACCUAUCCCGUGCAGAACUCUGACGGCCUCGGACCCGGGCCCGACAACCGGGCGUUCGGCGCGGCGGUGCACGCCUCGGAUGGGAAGUUGUUCGCGGCGGUGAACAACACCUGCGGCGAGCUGUUCACCACCAUCCCGACGUCCGCCGGUGUGACUCCCACGUCGAGCACGCUGUGCUUGACGGAAUCUACCGACAUCGACGCGACGCAGGUCACCGACAGGGCGAACCACUUCGCGUUCGCGAACGGCGUCGUCGUCAUCGGAACCCCCAAUCGCGCCCUCAAGAAGGGUGGCGCGGACGUGUGGCGUUGGGACGACGCCACGGCCACGAUCCAAGGGCCGUCCGCGCUGGGCUCGGGCGACGGACGCGUCGGACACAUGGGAACCGCGGCGGCGACGUCCGGCGGCGACGUCAUCGUCCUCGGCGCACCUAAAGACGAUUCGUCCAAGGGUGCCGCGUACGUGUUUGUGGACUACGACAAGGACAACGCGUGGACGAGGGUGCCGGGACGGCUCUUGGAUCCCAACGGCGCCGCCGGGGACGAGUUCGGGGCCGUCGUCGCGGUACACAACGGCGUCGGCACCGGAAACGGCUGGAUCGUCGUCGCGUCCCUCAAAUCCGACUCUAACAAGGGCGCCGUGCACGCCUUCGCGCGAGCGGGCUCGCCGGGCGCGUACCAGUGGUUCCAUAACCAAACGCUCACGCCCACGCCGUCCAGCGGGACCGCGCCGCUGGGAUACGGCGCCGGGCUCGCAAUCACGGGCAGGUACCUGAUGAUCUCCACGAGGCCGUCCGCGGUGGGCGGGACGGACGUGGACGCGUGGGGCGAGGUUUAUUACAUGGCCGGUCCGAACGCCGCGAACCGGGUGUUGAGCGUAGACGCCGCGACGCCGCCGACUUUCGUGUCCGACACCGGUCACUGGGUCCGCGACGCCGAGCUGACCGCGUCCUCGUCAGCCGCCACGUCGAGCGGCGCGUGCGCCGUGGACGGGGAGAUGGCGGUGAUGGGUGCGGUGGGCGCGGGGGACGCCGACGGUGCCGCGUUCGUGUGGCGAAGGCAGCACGCGCCGGACACCGGCGACGUUAAAUGGAACCUCGAGACGACGCUGGUUUCGUCGGCGUGGACCGGCGCGGGGGCGGGAUGGACGUUCAAGGGGUUCGGGCGGGCCGUCGCGGUGGACGACGGGGUGGUGACGGUGGGGGUGGCGCAGCCGCUGGACGGCUCCGCGGAUGGGAAGGGCGAGGGGCGGGCGGUUAGGUUCGCGGGGUCGAUACCGACGCCGCCGUCGCCGCCGCCGCCGCCGCAGCCGCCGCCGCUUCCGUCACCGCCGCCCCCUUCGUCGCCGUCGCCGCCCCCUUCGUCGCCGUCGCCGCCGCCGCCGCCGCCGCCGCCGUCGCCGCCGUCGCCGCCGCCGCCGCCGAGCCCGCCGCCGUCUUCGCCGCCCCCUUCGCCACCCCCGUUCCCGCCGCGGCCGCCGCCGCUGCCCCCGCCCGCGCCGUCGACGAGGACGGGCACGCACGUCGACCUGCAGGUCCGCGGCGCGUUCAUCACCGACGGGUUGAACGCGGACGAGACGGAGCUGCUCCGCCAGGCGAUCGCGUCCACGCUCGGUUUGAUGCCGGGCGUCGAGGCGUUGGACGUGAAGAUAAAGACAAUCUCCUACAACGCCACGGUGGAGGUUGGAUUGGUGGGCAUCGACAGCGCCGACUGGUACGACAGCAGCUACGCGUCGACCGCGGGCAACGCGCUGAGGUCGGCGUUCGCGAACCUGACGAAAACGUGGGAAGGGGACAUCACGGUGGGCACGGCGCCGCGCGACUACGAGCUCAGAAGACGAAGGAGGCUCCUCGCCUUCGAGAACGCGGCGUCGACUCCGUAUUCCGCGACGACCGGCGCGGGUAAAAAGGGCAAGGGACCCCGGCGAUCGCUCGCGCAACUGAGCGGAAGCUCGAGCCCCCUGCCUUCGCAGGUCCCGUUCCCGCCGCCGCCGCCGCCCGCGGCGCCGUUCCCGUUUCCUCCGCCGGUCCCCGCGCCGCCGAGCCCGCCGCCGAGCCCGCCGCCCCCGCCGAGCCCGCCGCCGUCGCCGCCGCCGUCCCCGCCGCCGUCGCCCCUGUCCGUGCCCCUGCACGUCAAGCUACUCACGGACGCGGAGAUUGGUGAAUUUAAGACGCGCGCGGCGGACGCGCUCAACCCGACGCGGGCGGAUGGCGAUCACGUCACUCCGGAUCUCGCGCCGCUCGCGAGAUUGCUGAACUCGUCCAUCGCGGCGGGUGCAUUCCCGGGACCCCUGAUCGACACGUACCUGGCCGAGCCCGUGGACACGGGCGCCGUGCUUGGGGUUGAGGUGGCGCGGCCGCCGUCGGAGCUGCGGGAGGACGACGCGGUCAUCGCGGCGGAGGUGAAGGCUAAGAUUCUCACCAACGGGGGCGCGAGUCUGAAAUCGCACUUGCAACGGCUGGGGCUCGCCACGGAGGGUUUCGACGCUUUCGUGCUGGAGAAGGAGAUCACGAUCUUCGGCCCGCCCGAGCCGCCGAUGCCGCCGUUCCCGCCGCCGGCGCCGGUGUCGCCGCCGAGCCCGCCGAGGAAGGAUAGCGCUGGGAUAUCCACCGGAAUGAUCGGUCCUCUCAUCGGGACGCUGGCGGCUGCGGCGUUUCUAUUCGUGCUCUCAAAACUCGCGGGCGGGAAGAAGAACAGGGUCGGCGACGAGAAGAAGGCUCGCAAACGACGGUAA